CCCAGAAGUUGACGUAACUUCCGGUCCGGCCCUGGUCGUUUCCAUAGCGAUGAGGCCUGGUCAGGGCCUGGGCCUGGGCCGCCUGCUCUUUGCCGCCUUUGUCCUCCUCACGGAGAGCGGCCCGGCUCUGGCAGUGGGCCCCCCGCAGUGUCCGCAGCGGGACCGCUUCGAGGAGGAGCUGGUGCUGAAGCCGCUCAGCUCUGGGGACCUGGCCGCUGAUUUCCAGUUCCGGACCCGUUGGGAUGUGGAGCUGGGGCCGCGGGAGAGCAGCAGGAGCAAGGUCUCUCAUUACAGGCUCUUUCCAAAGUCACUGGGACAAGUAAUCUCCAAGUUCUCCGUUCGUGAGCUGCACCUCUCCUUCACUCAUGGAUUUUGGAGGAGGGGUGUGUGGGGGCAGCCUUUCCUGCAGGCCCCACCUGGAGCGGAGCUCUGGGUCUGGUUCCAGCCGUCAGUGUCAGAGGUUGAUACCACUUGGAAGGAGCUGACAAAUGUUCUUUCCGGUUUGUUCUGUGCGUCUCUUAACUUCAUUGAUUCGACAAACACUGUUACUCCAACAGCUUCUUUCAAACCUCUUGGCAUCAUUAAUGAAACUGAUCAUAAAUUCCUCAGGUAUGCAGCACUGCCAAGGGAGAUUGUUUGCACUGAAAAUCUUACUCCAUGGAAAAAACUCCUACCCUGCGGAUCUAAGGCAGGGUUGGCAGUACUGCUUAAAGCUGAACGAUUGUUUCACACAAGUUACCAUUCGCAAGCUGUCCACGUCAGACCUGUUUGCAGGAAUGAGCUUUGUACCAGUACGUCGUGGGAGCUGACACAGAGCCUGUCUGUCGUGUUUGACCUCUAUGCCUCUGGUUCUGGGAAACGAGAGUGGUCACUCUUUAAGAUGUUUUCACGGACGUUGACAGAGGUGUGCCCUCUAGCAUCACAAAGUACAAUUUACGUGGACAUCACAGAUAAAGAUAAGAUUAAUGACACCCAUGAGCUAAUGCCACCAGCACCCAAUACGCUUAACACAACAGUUCAUGGGAAGUGGAGAUCCUAUGCUGUGUACAAUCUGCUGAACCCUCAGUUAUACAGCACAUCAUCACGCUCCUUAAACAUAGCAUUAAAAUGGAAACUGUCCAAACAGUUUGCGAUAUUUGAAGUGCCUGUCUUCUACGCAGAGAGAUAUGUAAGUGGCUUCGGCCUCCAGACAGGCAAAAUCAACACCUUGAUCUAUAAUAAUCACCCAUACCGGGCAUUCCCUGUGCUGCUGAUGGAAAUUGUGCCAUGGUACCUUCGGCUCUAUGUCCACACACUCACCAUCACCACCAAGGGCAAAGAGAACAAACCAAGUUAUAUCCAUUACCAGCCAGCCAAAGACCGAGAGUGCCCCCACCUACUGGAGAUGCUGAUUCAGCUGCCUGCUAAAUCUAUCACCAAGAUUGGCAUUGAGUUCGAGAGAGCCUUGUUGAAGUGGACUGAGUACCCUCCUGAUCCUAACCAUGGCUUCUACGUUGGCUCUUCUGUAUUGAGCGCUCUGGUGCCGAGCAGUGUAAACAUGGAAAUCAACUGCACUAAACUUGCACCUCUUUUCACCAGACUGUUUCCAUCCACCGAUUCCUCAAUUUACUUUGUCAGACUCUACACUGAAGCCUUGCUGGUGAACUUGCCGACACCUGAUUUCAGCAUGCCCUACAAUGUCAUCUGCCUGACCUGCACCGUGGUAGCAGUUGGCUAUGGCUCCUUCUACAAUCUUCUCACAAGGACCUUCCAGAUCGUUGAGCCCAGCGGUGGGGUGGCAAAGAGGAUUGCUAACGUGAUCCGCAGACUGCGUGGGGUCCCACCCAUCUGAAAUUGCCACGCUUAACUAAGAUAGGGGCACAGGAAAAGCGCACAUCAAAACCAGUGGCUGCUUCUGAGUUGGGUUAACUGCAUUUUACUGGCGCAUUGGUUUCACAGGGCUUUUCAGUUGGGACAAAUUGGGAGCCAAUGCUCCUCCCAAGCCCAAGUUAAUUUAGUGCCUGAACUUACAGAGCAGUAACUGGAAAUCUUUGACAUACUCUACAACCUACUGUAUUAACCAGGUCAGACACUGUGAACCUGUUUGUUGUGAAGUGUGGGUGAUGCCAGUUGAAGGAUUGGUAGUAUGUGUGGGUGACAUGGACAGAAUGCUUUUUUGUCUAUGGACAAUGAGAGAAACAAAGGCCACUCCUUAGUGAUAAACUGAGAUAUAUGGUGUGCUUGAAUUACAGAGAAUUAUAUUCAUCUGGUAUCAUAUUAAAUGUGUUUAAACCCCUGUUUAAAAAAAAAAACAGCCUUCUUAAUUCCACUUAUUCAUUUUGGGGGUCAGUUUUACAAAUGCGUGGUACCAGGAGGGUGGUGGUGGGGUGGGUGGAGGAUGUCUUCACGCACCAUUUAGCAGCACACUGUUCAUGACUUGCUGUGCACAAGCUUGUCUCCCUGCUGAUAUCUCCUCCACCCACCCACCCCCACCCCCGUCACUUCAUUCCAUCAGCCUUCCUGUGAUUUGAAUUUAGGGUUGGGCAACCUGACAGACCCAACAGGCAUCUCCACAGAGCCCUUUGGUCAGUCACACUGCAAAUGGAACUCUAGCCUCCUUGUUAUUACAGAGGAGCUUACAACAGACACCCAACUCAAAACAAGUUGCAAAGUUGUCUCUGAUUAGUCCUUUUUAAGCAAUGACCAUGAUAGCAAUGAAGUUUUAAGAUUGGAUUGGAUUCUUUCACCGGUAGCAAGCUCCUGAAAAGCUUGUGCACAUGUUUAGAUGUCAUAGUUUUGAAGUUUAUAGUUCACAUUUUAAAGUAGCAUUUGCAGGGCUCAUUUAUGCUCCUCCAUUUCACUAUCUGAUCUCCAUCUUGAGCAUGAGGGGCUCCUGUUCCAGUCCAUAAACCUAGACUUCAGCACUGAAUUACACAUACCUUUCCUUCAAUUCCCAAUCCUUAUCCUUAGCUGGGAAAGGGCACAAAGUCUUGUUUCAGAUCACUUCCUGCCGCUUGAGGGAUUCUGGAACCCUCAUUUCAAACCUUCACUUCUCUGCCUUUAACUAACUCUGUCUCCAUGUCCAGUCACAGGCCCCUCAUCUGUUGGUGAGGAGCUCAUUCUCCAGAUCCAGUCUUGGGCCUUCUCCCUUGUACAGAGGAACUCAAUUUCCUCACUUCUAAUCUUGAGCUCCUAUUUUCAAUCAACGGUAGAUUAAGUUGUGGAACGAAGUGAAAUUUUAUCUUUAAAAUAGAAGUCACUAAGAUAUAACAUGGAUUACAAUCUCCACUGAAGAUUAUGACAUUGGUGAGAAGACUUUUUCCCACUGAAGUUACAAUAAUAUCCAGACAUUUCUAUCAUUCAUGUCUUUUGUACUAUGGUGGGUAAUGGGAUUGAAGCCACUCAAAAUUGAGGUGAAUGUCAUGAAGAGGCAUGCGUUGUACUCCUGAAAACUCUCCUCAAUCAUGAGCUAAUCCAUUAAAUAAAAUUUGUCUGUCCCCUUUC